CUUAGCUAAGCUGGAGGAAAAGCGGAGGUACGAGAACGAGAGAGAUGAGCGACAGCUGAAAUUGGUUUUUGCGGAGGUACGGCGUGAACAACCGAGAGAAGUGCAGGAUCCCAGCUUGAAGAUGAAGCAACCGGUGGCGGUUGACGAGCGUAGUGAAACAAAAGCAGAGGAGAAAGAGAGAUUGAAACGAGAGAUAGCACUAGCAGAGACAAAAGAGGAGGAUGAAGAGCUGCAGCGAUUAAGGAAACGUGCUGCUAGUUUGAGGAUCACCGAGAAGAGAAAACGAGGACCCGAGGCGUCGAUCGGGAAUAGUCCUCCCAUGGUGACUCCUUCGAAGGGCCAGCGAUUGUCUACCGAGGCAAAGCAGCGCAUCGAGGAGAUCCGCUAUAGUCAAUCCGGGAAGUUGGACUCAUCAUCGCUGCUGGAACAAGUGCGUAAAUUGUCACUAUCCAUGAAGCACGUGACAGCAGGAUGCGGACCCGGAGCCCGCGAGCAAUAUGAAGCUGAUUGCCUCGAGCUUUUCGAGGCUCUAACCGUCGACGAGCUAAAAGAGGCAUGUAAGAAAGAGAAGAUCGGAUAUGGCAAGAGGGAGGUAGCAAUCAAGCGUUUGGUAACGAGACGCGUUCUGCAGGCAUAUGACCCAAUCAAUGUGCCCUUACCGGUGACGCCUAGCGGGGCGAAAAGGAGCACGAAGACAGGCCAGAAGCCUGGUUCGAAGGCAUUACCUGCAUCGGAUAUCAGUGAUGACGAAGAUGAGGAUAGUGAGUCGGAGUGAAGAUGGAGUCCGUUAAAAUCCGAAAGGAAGUGCAAGAUCUGCAGGAGUCUCGCCUCCGAGACGAUGGUAAAAAUUUAGAG